AGUUCUGGUUAUAGCUCUGUAAUUUGCAAAACUCGUGCUUAAAAAAUCAUCUUUAUUAUUUAUUAAUUACGUAAUCAAUGAUAAUGACCAAAAUAUCAUCGAAAAAUCACUUUUGAUUAGAUCUAGAGUGUCAUCUGCGAACAAUCGAAAACGUAUUUUGAUUACUUAAUGUCAUAAAUUUGGCAAAGUCUGCCAAGUUUAUUUUUACCCUUAAUUUUUUAUCUAUUUGGAAAAACUAAGGAAGUCGGCUCUACUAAAUUCGUUACUUCGAAUGAUUGCCGGUGCAUGCUGAGUGUCUCACUGUAUUUGAACUUUAGUUUGUUGUACACAAUACCAGCACGCAUGAUAUGGCUGCUUAUGUAAAUCGCACAAUAUCAUUGAUGUCUGGUGACGGACCGCACAAUAGACCACCCGUCACGGCCGUUUUAACAGAACGAGGAAAACGUAUUCCACUUGACAAUUCUCCUUUGCAGAUAUUCGUCAAGGCGAAGAAGAAGAUUAAUGAUAUAUUCGGCGAGAUCGAGGAGUAUGUCGAGGAUACUGUUCAUUAUAUGCAUGAGAUUGAAAAGGAUGAAAAAAUAGUAAAUAGUGAAAAAGUAAAGAAUACAGAAGAAUAUGUUAGUAAAGUACACAGUAUCAGAGAUGUAUUGCAGCGGGAUCACAUGAAAGUCGCUUUUUUCGGCAGGACAUCAAAUGGAAAAAGUUCUGUAAUUAAUGCUAUGCUGGGAGAUAAAAUUUUACCAAGUGGGAUUGGCCAUACUACGAAUUGUUUCUUACAGGUAGAAGGCGCUCCUUCAGAUGAACCGUAUCUAGUUUUAGAAGGUUCAGACGAACAUUGUGCUGUAGAAUCUGUAGGGCAAUUGGCACAUGCACUAUGUAAAGAAAAACUUAACGAAUCAUCCCUGGUCAAGGUUUAUUGGCCGAAAAACAGGUGCCUUCUACUUCGAGAUGAUGUCGUGUUUGUUGAUUCACCUGGAGUGGACGUCACUCCAAAUUUGGAUGAAUGGAUCGACAAACACUGUUUGGAUGCUGACGUAUUUGUUUUGGUAGCUAACGCGGAAUCGACACUGAUGGUAACGGAGAAAAACUUCUUUCACAAAGUAUCAACAAAGUUAUCCAAACCUAACAUUUUCAUCUUGAAUAACCGAUGGGACGCCUCGGCUUCCGAGCCCGAAUUUUUGGAUCAGGUCCGGAAACAGCAUCAAGAACGAGCAGUAGAUUUCCUCGUCAAAGAACUAAAAGUGUGCACUCCCAAAGAGGCCGAAGAACGAAUAUUCUUUAUUUCUGCGAAAGAAAUGUUGCAAGUCAGGAUGGCCGAAGGAAAAUCCAAUUCGAUAUCCCUACCCGAAGGUUUCCAAACCAGACAUUUUGAAUUUGAAGACUUCGAAAAGAAAUUCGAAGAAUGUAUUUCCAAAUCUGCGGUAAAGACGAAAUUCGAACAGCAUUCGCAAAGAGGGAAAUAUAUAACGAACGAAUUACGGGACAUGCUGGAAGGUAUAUUGUCCGAUGCUCUGAAAUUAAAAGAAGAUAAAUUAUGUCAACGCAAAGAACUAAAUGACAAAAUUAACUAUACGGAACAGCAGCUAAUGGUGGUAACUCAAGAAAUGAAGAAAAAGAUACACAGUAUGGUAGAAGAUGUUGAACAAAGAGUUUCAAAAGCGCUAAGUGAAGAAAUUCGCAGAUUAAGUACGUUAGUAGACGAAUUCAAUUUACCCUUCCAUCCAGAACCACUAGUGCUCAACGUCUAUAAAAAAGAACUUCACCUUCACGUUGAAACGGGGCUUGGUUCGAAUCUAAGAGCUAGAUUAUCAACCGCGUUGGCCCUUAAUAUGGAAGCUAGUCAGAAAGAAAUGACGGAGAGAAUGGAAGCUUUAAUACCCGAAAGUCAUAAGAUGGCGUCCAGCGUUGUACUGCCAAGACGACAACCUUUCGAAAUAUUGUAUAGAUUAAACUGCGAUAAUCUGUGUGCAGAUUUCCAAGAGGACUUAGAAUUCAGGUUUUCAUGGGGAUUAACCAGCCUUAUUCAGAAGUACGCCGGUAGCGGGGCCAAUUUCCUAGCACUGAGAAACAAACGGGAGAGCCCUACUAGCACACAUAUUCCUUCAACUCCCACAGAUGUCGUCGACGGCAGAUUGCUCUACGCCAGCACCAGCAUAGACGAGUGGUCGUUGCUCUCGAGGUUGGCCAUUAUGGGAGCCUCCUCGCAGGGCACAAUGGGCGGAUUACUGGUAGCAGGAUUUUUGUUUAAGACUAUAGGCUGGAGAAUUCUUGCUAUUACUGGUGCAAUGUACGGUUGUCUCUACCUGUACGAGCGUUUAACGUGGACAAACAAAGCAAAAGAAAAGACUUUUAAAAAGCAGUAUGUGCAGCACGCCUCCAAGAAAUUAAGGAUGAUCAUAGAUCUUACAUCCGCCAAUUGCAGCCAUCAAGUCCAACAAGAACUAAGUGGUACUUUCGCAAGAUUGUGCCAAGUUAUAGAUGACACCACCAGUGUGAUGGACAAACAAUUAGUAGAAUUAGAACAAGAAUUAAACCGUUUAGAAAAUGCAGGUAGUAAGGCUAAAGUGCUGAGAAAUAAGGCAAACUAUCUAACCCAUGAAUUAGAACUGUUCGAUAAAGCGUAUCUUAGGAUGACUCACUAGAAAUGAUAUUUACCAAAUUAGAUUUGACUUUAAAUAUUGGUAUUUAAACGGCUGAGUGUAGCGAGAAUAUGAAAGAAAAAAUGGAAAUAUGUAUACCUAUAUUUAUUUUGUUGAAGAAACCUUAACAAAACUGCAUAACAAAUUUAUUUACUUAAAGAAUCUGGUACUAACCGAACUUGUUGAGGUUUCUAAUUAUUAUCUUAUUUGAUCAAUUUUUUCUGACGAUACCUCUAUACACGUAGCCUAAUGUUUUGUGAUAGAUUUAACAUUAUAUUUAAGUAAUUAUACCUUAUUAUAUAUUACAUUUUAUUCAGUUAAACGUUUUUAUAUUCUGAAAGAUAAGAACCCAGGAUGUGACAUUUCUGCAAACUUUUAAAGGGAUCUCUAUAUCCUAAAUGGAUCAAUCAAAACGUUUGUAUACAACAAUAUAUUACAUUAACAUAAUUUUUUAUAUACUUGUAAAUAAUAUCAGAAAUUUGAUUUUUAUGUCUAAACUUACAAUUUUUGGCAACCAAAACUUGAUAUUUUUAAUAUAGAUGGUGAAAAAAUAAAUUUUUUCGUUACUUUCAUUAAAGGAAAAUAUUUGUAUUUUUGUCAAUAAUAAUUUGUAGCCGUAGAAAUAACUCAGACAAAGAGUUUCCAUCGCCCAUUUUGCUCUUUUCAAAAUCAUCCUCAAUAUUAUAGGAUUGAGGUCUGGAGAUCUUUUAGUCCAGUCACUCCAGUCAAGCACAAACGUGUUAUUUUCUUGUGUGAAUGUCCGAAGAGGUAUGGGAUUCAGGCAGGGAACCAUAUUAUGUUGAAAUGUGUGAAAAAAAUCUAGAGAAAUCUAUUCUAGAAGAUACUACACAGUUUUUGGAUGUAUUCAAGGUUUAAUGAUUUUCACUUGUUUUAAUUACUUACUCGCAACAUUGAAAAAAAUGACUUUCAUCUUGUUGAUCGUUUUUUUACAUUAUAACAGUGUUAAUCUUAAACCGCUUAUACCUUACAGUUCAGUCAUGAAAGUCAAAGCUUACAGCUAACGAACUUCUUGGAAUGUUUUUAAUUAAAUAUUAGUAAUGGUUUUCUCAGAAACCGCUUUUAGAAAACUUCCUAAACCUACAGAAAUUAUAUUUUUUGUUACUAUAUCGUUACUAAAACUCAAAGUAGGCCAAACUAACUUAGUUUGGCUUAGUUUAAAAGUUUAAAAUGGGUCUGCUAUUUAGACUGGAAUACGCUGGUCUAUCGGAACGACCUAUGGAUGAGCGGUACGGUAAGAGAUGAGAGCUCACGGCUUGGCGUUACUCUUCAGUAGGUCCCUAUGGGAAGAGCGGGUACGCUUAAAAAUCUGUCAACUUUCAGUAAUCAGUUCGAAAAAGCAUAUGAGUUUAACUAAUAUUCCACAUGAUUAGCUUGAUAAUAUCGCAGAUGAUCAAGUCCUGGAUCGACUUUACAUGAAAAUGUAGAUAUUGAGUUUAUAAAUAUAUAAAAAUACGAGUAAUAUACAAGAAUUAUUUCCUUUUGAAAGGUGAAUGACCCACCUCCCGUAGUUUCAGCCUUCAAGGAAAAUCGUAAUUAAAGUAUGUUGUGGAUUUUACAUUUAAACGAGGAUGGAAUUUCAACUAGUUUGCAAAUAAUAAGCGUCAGUGCGUGACAUUCAUGUCAUUACACUAUUAACAAUCUACGCAUUAUUAUAAAUAUAAACUUUUGUAAACAUAUUGUAUUGAAAAUUUUAUUUAUACAGUUAUAAGCAAUAAUUGAGGUUAUUUAUAUGUCAGCUAUGCCACUUGUGCAAGUGGCUAAAAUCUCAACCCUCGUUAUUCUGAUUGCACAACUUACUUUAAUUAGGAUUUUUUUCGAUUGCACUAUACAAUGCGUUCUUUAAAUGUUUAAUUCGUUAUAAGUUUUCCAGAACUCAGUGUUUAAUCUCAGGUCAUUAUUUAACGUCUCCCGGCACUAUUUUUACGUGAAAUAAAUCCCCAUAACAAAAACUUAAUAAAUUAAUGAUUGUACUAAUAUAAGAAAGGAUCUGGUGGAUCAUUUCCUAAGUAGCCAAUAUUUGUGAAUUUGUUGUUGAUGUAAAUAAAACAAUUAUUGUUGGUUUUUA